AUGAGACUAGAGUUAACUGCAAGGCUUUUAAGGUCAUGUUUGUCUGAUUUCAUGCAGCCUUAUCUUACUGCAAAGAUCACACGGUUUGAGCAUUCACUUGUAGCUUGCUGUGGCUAUGGAGGCAAGUACAACUACAACAAUGAAGUGGUCUGUGGAGGUACAAUCACUGUUAAUGGCACCGAUAUAUUCAUCGGAGCGUGUGACCGCCCUUGGGUCCGAGCAAAUUGGGAUGGAAUUCACUACACUGAGGCAGCUAACAAGUUUGUUUUUGAUCGAAUCUCCAGUGGAGCAUACACGGACCCGCCUGUUCCCUUGAAAAUGGCAUGUCACAGGAGGGAUUCCCGUUAA